AUGGUCGCCGGAGAAACCCUCCUCAUCCCAGCGGAGACCUGCGACCCAGACGACUCAACAUGCAUCAUUCCAAACACCACCUACACCGCUACCUGUGUCCCUGGCGGUUUGCAUACUUACAACACCCGGUUCAACGACACCCGCGCAAAGAUUGCAUCCAAAUUCCGCGUCAGUCUUGAUUCCAUCACCACGAUAGGAAACGCGUCCACAUCCGAGGAUGAUGUCCUCGAGGCAGAUGCACAGCUCAAGAUCCCGCAAUGCAGCCCUAGCCAGUGCGUCGUACAGCCGUAUAAGUUUACGUACGGCACGUAUGUAGACUUGGCCGAGGAGUUCAACACGACUGUUGGGCAGAUCAUGGCGUUCAAUCCGACGUACAACUACAGUCAUGAAGCUGACCCGAGCGAGGGUCCUGUUAUCUCGAUGCCGAUGAACUGUGUAAACUUGACUGGGAAUGUGACUGUUAUCUCUUGA